AGUCAAAUCUCUUAUUUUCCAGUCUCAGUCCCAACUCCCAAUCCCCCAUCUCUCCCUCCCCUCUCGCCUUCCAUUUCAUCCGAGCCGAUCCCACCGCACCUGCCUCCGCAUAUUCCCCUGUUUUCUCGCUUCCUAGCUCUCUUAUAUAAGUGACACCAAGAGGCCGAGGACAGAGACGACACAGAGAGCGAUCACGGGAGAGAUCAGAUGGGGAGAUGGUUACGGAUUCCUUUCCUUCUCGGGCUUCUCCUGGCCGUGGUUGUCGCAGGAUUAGUCGACCGGUCCGACGGCGGGGUCACGAGUUCCUUCGUCAGGAAUGUGAAGAAGGCCAUCGACAUGCCGAUCGACAGCGACGUCUUCCGCGUACCGCCGGGCUACAACGCGCCGCAGCAGGUGCACAUUACCCAAGGGAACCAUGAUGGCUCUGCCAUGAUCAUAUCAUGGGUGACCGAGGCUGAGCCUGGCUCCAGUAAGGUUCUUUAUGGCACUGACAGCAACAAGCUUAUCUUCUCUGCUGAAGGCAAGCAUACUCGAUACGAGUUCUACAACUACACCUCAGGCUACAUCCAUCACUGCACCAUCAGGAAAUUGAAGCAUGAUACUAAAUACUACUAUGCUGUUGGCAUUGGACACACAGUUAGAAAGUUCUGGUUCACCACCCCACCUAAAGUUGGUCCAGAUGUUCCUUACACCUUUGGUCUUAUAGGUGAUCUUGGACAGAGUUAUGACUCAAAUAGUACACUGACUCAUUACGAGGCCAAUCCAAAAGGACAGGCAGUGCUAUUUGUAGGUGACCUCUCUUAUGCUGAUAACUAUCCGAAUCAUGAUAAUGUUAGAUGGGAUACAUGGGGUAGAUUUGUUGAAAGAAGUACAGCAUAUCAACCUUGGAUUUGGACCGCAGGAAAUCAUGAGAUUGACUUCGCUCCGGAAAUUGGGGAAACUGUACCAUUUAAGCCAUUCAUACACAGAUAUCAUGUUCCCUAUAGAUCUUCUGGCAGCACAGCUCCUUUUUGGUACUCUAUCAAGCGGGCAUCAGCAUACAUAAUUGUUUUGGCAUCAUAUUCGGCAUAUGGAAAGUACACCCCUCAGUACAAGUGGCUUGAAGAAGAGCUACCCAAAGUGAACAGGAGUGAGACUCCAUGGCUGAUUGUUUUAAUGCAUUCACCAUGGUACAACAGCUACAACUAUCACUAUAUGGAAGGAGAAUCGAUGAGAGUGAUGUAUGAGCAAUGGUUUGUACAAAACAAAGUCGAUGUUGUAUUUGCCGGGCAUGUUCAUGCCUAUGAACGCAGUCACAGAGUAUCAAAUAUAGCUUACAAUAUAGUGAAUGGAAAAUGUAAACCAGUUCGAGAUGAAUCAGCUCCUGUAUAUAUCACCAUUGGUGAUGGAGGAAAUCUAGAAGGGCUUGCUAGCAACAUGUCAGAGCCACAGCCCAGCUACUCGGCUUUCAGAGAAGCCAGCUUUGGUCAUGCUGUCUUUGAGAUCAAGAAUCGAACCCAUGCCUACUACACUUGGCACAGAAACCAGGAUGGAGAUGCAGUGGCUGCUGAUUCAAUGUGGUUCUACAACAGAUACUGGAAGAGUGCGGAUGAGAUCCCAGCAGUGUAAUUGCCGAUCCUUGAUUACAAUGUUGAAGAAUAAAUUGUGGUCUCAAUUUGCAAUGCAGUCUCAACUUUGGAUUCUGUAAUAAAACUCUUUUUUCUGUUAAUUUAGUAAACUCAUUGUUUCUUGACUACCA